GAAACCAUACAUGUGUCCCUUCCUUCCUACUCUUUCCCAACCGAUUAGGAAUUGAUUCAAGAUUUUUGGUGGUUUGAUUUGUGUAAACGUUUAUGGAUUAUGAGCGACUUGUUUAGGCGGAGAUCCAGAAGUCGAUGAUGAAUGACGAUUACGAGGUUGAGCAAAAGAAGCAAAGUGCUGCAGAUGUUACGUUUCAAUAUUCAAAUUUUGUGAUGGCAUGUAUUGGAUUUCAAGCUCGUCCUUGUGAUAUGAGAUUGCAUUUGAUGAAGGAGAUAUCGGGGAUGCCAGCUUCGCUGAAGAGGGAGACAUCGCAAGUAGCUGCAUCUCCAGAUGCAAUGGGGGAAACAUCAAGCUCAGGUACUGCAAGACUUGAGAAAGCCGACAGUUUUCGUGCCUUAUAGCAAUAUCUAUGCUCAUUAUGUUUCUAUUCGUAAUUUGUUCAAUCUAUGCACUUUAAGACCAUAAAUUUGUACAGUUAUCUUUUAUUUUCUAAGUUGACAGUAUGUUGUGUCAAUUAGUGGGCUAUUCUUGCCUGUAAAAGUCAUCUUAAGAUUGAUGUGCAUCAUCAUGUUGUACCUCAUGUUGGUUAAACUUGCUUCAAAAAGUUGUACCUUAGAGCAUCCAUGAUGGGAGGUUCUUAUAAGUUAAUACCAUAGUGGAGGAUUCUUAUAAGCCGCCACCAUUUUUGACGACGUGUAGCACAAUGAUGCUGUCAAUAGAUCAAAUUAUUUCGUGGAUUAGAUUUC